AUGUUUAGAAGAUCUAGAAGUGAUCUAUCUAUCUAUCUAUCUAUCUAUCUAUCUAUCUAUCUAUCUAUCUAUCUAUCUAUCUAUCUAUUAAGAUUGAGAUUAUUUUUCAGUCUGAUAAUAUCUAUUCAUCUGAAUCUUUUUGUUUUCGAUACAUCUUUCAUUUUUUUUUAUUUAUUUCUGAUUUCUUACUUUUCCCAUUUAUAUAGAUAUUUCUUCUUCUUCUUCUUCUUCUUCUUCUUCUUCUUCUUCUUCUUCUUCUUCUUCUUCUUCUUCUUCUUCUCAUUUUUUUCAUCAUCGUUUUCUUUCACCUCCCACUUAAUGCGCCAGACGCCUCUGUCUAAUUCCUCAUAUAAAACAAGCGUCUAUCCAUUUCUCUUCAUGUUUGCCUUACCUUUUUCUCCUCCCUUUCAUGGCCCCCUUUUUAUAUUCCUUUCUGCACUCAAUCUUCUACUCCGUUUAGUUACGAUUUUUCACCCUAGCUCCUUCCGCCUUCAAUACCCCUUCCUACCUCAUAUUCUAUUCUUCCUCUUCCUCCUUUUUGGCACGCGACUAGCCUCUCUUCCUCUUUUUGACAUACAACCAGCCUCUUUUCUUUCUUUUGACAUACAACCAGCCUCUCUUCCUCCUUUUGACAUACAACCAGCCUCUCUUCCUCCUUUUGACAUACAACUAGCCUCUCUUCCUCCUUUUGACAUACAACCAGCCUCUCUUCCUCCUUUUGACAUACAACUAGCCUCUCUUCCUCCUUUUGACAUACAACUAGCCUCUCUUCCUAGUCUUGUUCAUACACCUGUGUCUUUUCUGGAUGAGUUUUUUCUUACUUUUUCUAUACUUCAUUAUUUUUUUCUGACUAAUCUUUCUCUUUACUUCCUCUCCUUUUGCUACUGCUGA